UUUGCUCUUCUCCCUCAUCUGCGUAGUGAGAGAGAGAGAGAGAGAGAGAGAGAGAGAGAGAGAGAGCGCGCGCGCUCGCUCUAAGUGCCCUGUUCCCGUGUUCCGCGGCCGGAUUGAACGGUCGAGGUUACGCGCAUCACGGCGGCCCCCGAACGGACGGAUCUGAUCGAGUUAUGCAGUCGGAUACGACGGUGAUCAGCUUGAGGCCCGGCGGCGGCGGCGGCGGCGGCGGCGGAAACCGCGGCGUUAGAAUCCUCGCCCCUCACUUCGUUUCCUCCGCCUUCGCCGCCGCCGGUGCCGGCGCCGGCGCCGGCGACCUCCCCUUCCUCCGCCCCCACGCCGCCGCCCUUAAGGUCGGAGAUUCACGUUUUGAGGCUCGUGAUUGCAUUCGUUAUACAAGGGACUUACUUUUACAAUUGCGCAAGGUUGUUCAUAUAUCCGAAGAUAUCUUGAAAAUCAAGCAGGAAAUUGCGGAAGAAUUUAAUGUUGAAGAUCAAACUUGGGGUCGUACUGAUUCAAAUUCUCUAAAUCAAUCACACACUCGCUACUCCGAGCCAGAUAAUCGUGAUUGGCGUGGUCGGUCAGGACAAGUGUCUUCUUAUGGAGAAGAAAAAUCUUGGGAUACAAUCCGUGAAAAUAAAGUAUCUUAUGGAUCCAACUCUACACAGCAGGAACAAUUUAAUAGGCAUGAUCAGUUGAACUCCCAGUCUUCUUCAAGAGUGCAAGUUUCUUCCAACCAAGGGGUUGGACCUACUCCUGCUUUAAUAAAGGCUGAAGUUCCAUGGUCUGCACGAAGAGGCAACGACUCUGAGAAAGAGAGGGUGUUGAAAACAGUUAAGGGCAUACUAAACAAAUUAACACCGGAGAAAUUUGAUGUUCUAAAAGGCCAACUUAUUGAUUCAGGAAUCACAACAUCUGAUAUUCUGAAGGGGGUCAUCACUCUCAUAUUUGAGAAAGCAGUUUUCGAACCAACCUUUUGUCCAAUGUAUGCUCAGCUAUGCUCAGAUCUCAAUGAGAAGCUCCCAUCAUUCCCUGCUGAAGAGGCUGGCAGGAAAGAGAUAACAUUCAAACGCAUACUCUUAAAUAAUUGUCAAGAGGCAUUUGAAGGCGCUGGUAAUCUGAGAGCCGAGGUUAGAAAAUUGACUGGCCCGGAUCAAGAAAUGGAACGGAGGGAUAAGGAAAGACUGGUGAAGCUGCGUACCCUCGGAAACAUCCGCCUUAUUGGAGAGCUCCUAAAGCAAAAAAUGGUGCCGGAGAAGAUAGUUCAUCACAUCGUUCAGGAACUACUAGGACCUGAUGGCAAGACAUGCCCUGCUGAGGAAAAUGUCGAAGCAAUCUGUCAAUUCUUUAACACUAUUGGCAAGCAGUUGGAUGAAAGCCCCAAAGCUUGGUUGGUCAAUGACUUCUACUUUAACCGGCUGAAGGAGCUAAUGACAAACCCCCAGCUAGUGCCGCGGCUGAGGUUCAUGGUGCGUGAUGUCCUCGAUCUGCGUGCAAACAUGUGGGUCCCUCGACGUGAAGAGGUCAAGGCUAAGACCAUCACCGAAAUCCACACUGAAGCGGAGAAAAACCUAGGGUUACGGCCUGGCGCGACUGCGAACAUGAGAGCUGCUCGCAGUGCAAGUGCUUUAGGCGGGCCACUCUCUCCCACAGGGCCUUUUCCUAUGAACGGACCUGGAACGGGAGGUAUGAUGCCCGGAAUGCCCCGUACAAGAAGGAUGCCCGGAAUGCCGGGCUUAGACACUGAUAACUGGGAAGUCCCGCGCUCCAAGUCAAUGACAAAAGGAAAUAAUGCAUCAGUUUUCCAGAAUCCCUCAUUAAAUAAGCUCCUUCCCAAAGGCAGUGGGGGUUCAACAAGUGGCAAGACCAGCGCAUUGCUUUCAGGCGCUCUCAACUUGCCACCGCAAAAUACUGUGCCAUUGAAAUCUCUUAAUACAGUAUCUACAGUGACCCCGCCCAGUGAAAAGCCACUAGUUGCUCCAAAACAAGACCCUGAUGAGCUACACAAGAAGACCGUUGCACUUCUCGAGGAGUAUUUCCACAUUCGAAUUCUCGAAGAAGCGUUGCAAUGCGUGGAAGAGCUGAACAGCCCAGAACGCCACCCUGAGGUAGUUAAAGAAGCUAUCAAUCUCGCUCUCGACAAGGGCUCGGCCUGCAUCGAUCCUCUCGUCGGGCUUCUGCAGUUUCUUUUCGCUAAAAACGUGCUCGAGCCGAGAGACUUGGGCACCGGGUGCUUGCUCUACGGGUCGAUGCUGGAUGAUAUCGGUAUUGACUUGCCGAAAGCACCAGUUUACUUUGGGGAGGUCAUGGGGAAGUUGAUUCUAGCGGGUGGCUUGAGCUUCAAGGUAGUGGAAGAGAUUCUGAAGAAAGUGGAGGAUGAAAGAUUCAGAGAAGCAAUUUUUGAUGCCGUUGUGAAAAGUAUCGAAGCAAACCCAUCAGGUCUGGUCAUAAUGAGCUCGCAGUCGACUGAGCUCGAGGCUUGCAAGAACCUUCUUGCUUUUUGAGUAGUAAGUUGUUUUAGGUUUUAUUUCUACCUCUACUUGCUACUCUUUUAGAGUAUAUCUGAAGCCGGAAAAUGAUAGGAUGGUUCACUUCUCAAAUUUACGAGGUGUACAUCUUUUUAUUUGCGCGAGUCUAUUGUUGUUUUACGGUGUAGGAAGCAAAAAGAGCCAUGGAUUUUGCUCUUGAGCUGUGGCUUAAUUUUUUGUGUGCUUUUGGUGUAGCGAAAGUGAAUGCUGUUGGUGCAGUGUAGUAUUCUUUGCAAUGUGUUUUUCUUAAUUCACUAUUAAUACUUCAAUGAUACUUGCAUUAGUUAAUUCUUUA